GGCUCCCAUGGGAAUCCCACUGUUGAAGUGGAUCUCAGCACUGCAAAAGGUCUCUUCUGAACUGGGGUGCCUAGCUGUGCAUCUACUGGCAUCUAUGAGGCCCUAUAACUCUGAGACGGUGAUAAGACCCACUUCAUGAGGAAGGGGUCUCAAAGGCUAGCUACUUGGCUCAUCAAUAACACUAUCACACCUGCUCUAGUUAGCAAGAAACUGAAUGAUGUGGAGCAAGAGAAGGUUGACCAGCUGAUGAUCAAGAUGGAUGGCACUGAGAAUAAAUCUAAAUUUGGUGCAAAUGCCUUCCUGGGAGUGUCCCUAGCUGUCUGCAAAACCAGUGCCAUGGAAAAGGGGGUGCCCCUUUACCGUCACACUGCUGACUUGGCUGGCAACUCUGAAGUCAUCCUGCUGUUCCCAGGUUUCAGUGUGAUCAAUGGCGGUUCUCAUGAUGUCAACAAGCUGGCCAUGCAAGAGUUUAUGAUCUUGCCUGUGGGAACAUCCUGUUUCAGGGAAGCCAUGCACAUUGGAGCAGAGGUUUACAACAUGCAGAACGUCAUCAAGGAGAAGUAUAGAAAAGAUGCCACCAAUGUGGGUGAUGAGGGUAGAUUCACAUCUAACAUCCUGGAGAACAAAGAAGCACUGGGGCUGCUCAGAACUGCAAUUGCAAAGGCCGGCUACACUGACCAGGUUGUCAUGGGCAUGGAUGUAGUUGCCUCUGAAUUCUAUAGGGCUUGUAAGUAUGACCUUGACUACAAGUCCCCAUAUGACUCCAGCCAGUACAUCACACCUGACCUGUACAAAUCCUUCAUCAAGGACUACCCAGUGGUGUCCAUUGAAGACCCCUUUGACCAGGACAACUGGGAAUAUUGGCAGAAGUUCAUAGCUAGUACAGGUAUCCAGGUGGUAGAUGACCUCACAGUGACCAAACCUAAGUGGAUUGCGAAGGCUGCAAGUGAGAAAUCCUACAAAUUCCUCCUGCUCAAAGUGAAGCAGAUUGGUUCUGUGACCCAGUCUCUGCAGGUGUGUAAGCUGGCCCAGUCUAAUGGCUGGGGUGUCAUGGUGUCCCAUCGAUCUGGGGAGACUGAGGAUACUUUCAUUGCCAACCUGGUGGUGGGGCUCUGCACCGGGCAGAUCAAGACUGGUGCCCCCUGCACAUCUGAAUGCCUGGACAAGUACAAUCAGAUCCUUAGAGUCAAGGAAGAGCUGGGCAGCAAAGCCAGGUUUGCUAGCAGGUCCUUCAGGAGCCCGCUGACCAAGUAA